GAGUCCGUGUUUUGCGAAUUUGUCCUGGAUUUAAGAUCAGGUGGAACAGUUGCAUCCGAGCAGCUGGCCCCUGUGUGCGGAAUCUAAUUUCCCUCGACGCAGUCUCAAAGCCUUGCCUUGCGGACAUUUGGAAUAUCAACAGCCCCAGGAAUGUGACGUGCGGCGCAACGGCGCCAGCGGCACUGGACAGCGGUGUCUGCGCGCGGAUCAAAUCGAAGGAUGGACGGGGCAGAUUUGCGAUACACGUCCUUUAAAAAAAAUGUGUAGCCUACAUAUCGCGCUAUAUGUGACCGAACUAACCCUUCCCGUGUAAUUAGUAAUAACAGAAUCCAAAGACAGUGCAGACUGUGGUUGGACCGUUGUGGUCACACUUGUCUUUCGAUUUCGCGAGUCUGAAUGGAAGGUGCAGCCAACGGAGCUACGAGCCUGUCGGAGCAAGGAGAAGGUAGCCGCGCGGUAUCUUGGUCAGUGGUGUCCGAUGAUUUGGAGACUGUCACCGGCGUCAGCUGCGGGAUGGAGGCCGGGGAUAUUGAAACAGCAUCUGGAAAGGCCUGCUCUCCAGAGAUGCCCUCCUCCUCGGGGCACUUGGGCCCUGCCCAGGGGAAGAAGAUUGGACACAGAAGAGUCGAUGCUUCAGGGGAGACCACCUACAAGAAGACCACGUCCUCGGCCCUGAAAGGUGCCAUCCAGCUGGGCAUCGGGUACACGGUGGGCAACCUGAGCUCCAAGCCCGAGAGGGACGUGCUGCUGCAGGACUUCUACGUGGUGGAGAGCAUCUUCUUCCCCAGCGAGGGCAGUAAUCUCACCCCGGCGCAUCACUACCCAGACUUCCGCUUCAAGACGUACGCGCCGGUCGCCUUCCGGUACUUCCGCGAGCUGUUCGGCAUCCGGCCCGACGACUACCUGUACUCUCUCUGUAACGAGCCCCUGAUAGAACUCUCUAACCCGGGAGCCAGUGGCUCCAUCUUCUACGUCACUAAAGACGACGAGUUCAUCAUCAAGACGGUGAUGCACAAGGAGGCGGAGUUCCUGCAGAAACUACUGCCUGGGUACUACAUGAACCUGAACCAGAACCCGCGCACGCUGCUGCCCAAGUUCUUCGGGCUGUACUGCGUGCAGUCGGGCGGGAAGAACAUCCGCAUGGUGGUGAUGAACAACGUGCUGCCGCGCGCGGUGCGCAUGCACCUGAAGUACGACCUGAAGGGCUCCACCUGCAAGCGCCGCGCCUCCCGCAAGGAGCGCGAGAAGGCCCGGCCCACCUUCAAGGACCUGGACUUCAUGCAGGACCUGCCCGACGGCCUCCUGCUGGACACCGACAUGUACUGCGCCCUGGUCAAGACGCUGCAGAGGGACUGCCUGGUGCUGGAGAGCUUUAAGAUCAUGGACUACAGCCUGCUGCUGGGGGUGCACAACCUGGACCAGGCCGAGCGGGAGCAGCAGGGGGAGGGGCCUCGGGGCCCCGGCGGGGAGCGGAGGGGCGUGGCUCAGCGGGCGCUGUACUCCACCGCCAUGGAGUCCAUACAGGGCGGGGCCACCUGCGGGGACUCCGUCGACAUGGACGACACGGUUGGCGGAAUCCCAGCUGCAAACGGGAAAGGGGAACGAGUCCUGCUGUACGUUGGGAUCAUCGACAUCCUGCAGUCCUACAGACUGAUCAAGAAGUUGGAACAUACAUGGAAGGCUCUUGUCCAUGAUGGAGACACAGUCUCUGUGCACAGGCCCAGUUUCUAUGCAGAGCGCUUUAUGAAGUUCAUGAGCACCACGGUCUUCAGGAAGAGCACGUCCUUGAGAACCUCUCCCUCCAAGAGGGGUCGAGGGCUGGGGGCCCUGCCCAAAACCGCUGGUCCCGGGGAGGCCUAUGAGCCGGGCCAGACCCCCUCGGAGGACGAGGAGGACCCCUUCGACCCGCGCGGGGCCCGCGGCUUCCCCCUGCUGGAGGACGAGGGUCGGCCAGACCUCCUCCCCUGCACGCCUCCUUCCUUUGAGGAGGCCACCACAGCCUCCAUCACCACCACGCUCUCCUCCACCACCUCCCUCUCCAUCGCAGAGCGCUCGCCCUCAGAUACACCUGAGUACCCCCGCUACAGGAGGCACACCCAGCCCUCAGGCCAGGAGAGAAGCCGCACCCCCGAAGCCGCCACCCCCUCCGGCUCCUCGGCCCCGCCCCAGCCACGCCCCACGGCGAGGGCGGAGCCUGAUGCAGUCAGCCAGCGGUCAGAGUGCACCAGCCACGGUUCCCUGGAGGAAGAGGACGUGCCAAUCACAGACAUCUACUUUCAUCCUCCAGAGGACAGAAGCUGGGUGUACUCUCCCCUGCACUAUGGCUCAGAGUCUGUGUGGGACGCUGAAAGCGAGACUUGAGUCCAUGGCAGCGGUGGUGAAGCGAGUGAAUGGCAGUUCCCAUGGUGCUUUGGGGCAGUGGAGUUUGUGCAGACAGGGCCAGCAUUCUGUGCUGUGAAGGGAUCCACACCCAGGCCUGUGGGAGGGGGAGGGGGAAUGGGAGGGGUGGGGAGAAAGGGAACAGAAAAGGAAGAAAAAGACUGAAAUAACCUGGGUGUGAAACCCAGAGUCUAAAUGUCACAUUCCCACUGUAGAGUAUUAUUAGCAUCCACCGGAGUCUAUCAGGGAGCUGUAUAUCUGACUCCUCCCCCUCCAUGAUUAACCCCUCCCCCUCCACAACUGACUCCUCCCCAUGCUCCUCCCCUUUGAGGGGACUGGGCAGGUACUCCCAUAAUGCACCUCUCCCUUACUCCAUUCCAGUUCAGUCCUGAGAACCACUUUGUGGAAUCAGUAUCACAUCAAUGCAUACCUAUUUGUUACUUCUUUUUUCUUUUUUAAUCCUUGUGCACUUUUGUGAUCCAGAUGUAAUUCUUUGGGUUUUUUUUUGUAUUCAUCAUCUCAAAAUAUAAAAAGGCAUGACAGGGUUUUUUUUUUUCUUUUGUUUUCUGUUUAAAGUUCUGUGAUUUUUUUCUAGGGUAGUGCGUCUGCAUGGUCCUGAUCUCCUCUUGCCGUUCUCAGGGCUGUCUUCCUCAUAUCCAAACAUCAAACACGCGUGAUGAACGAUGAGAGAGGGAGAAAGAGAGCAAGGAAGAGAGAGAAUACAAAGAAAGAUGGAUAAGGUUGAGGAAGGCAUAUCCUUGCCCAAAUUGUUUUUUUAAUCUGCAUUGUGCUAAAUAUCUCAGAUACCCACAGGCUACUUGUUAUCUCUUCCAAUCAUCACUAGCUCCUUCCUGUAGUACUGUGUGGCCUGUAGAGUGUAAAAUAGUCCCUGGCUCUCCUGUAGUACAGUGUGUGCCAUGUUGGGUGUAAAAUAGUCACUGGCUCUCCUGAAGUACUGUGUGUGUGCCAUGUAGA